AUAUCCUUAAAAUAGUAUUGAAACAUAAUACAAAUAUCAAAUUACAUGUUAACACGUGUGUGUUUUAAACCACUAAAUCAUUCGUAUAUACCGUUUUUGUCAGCUUUGUAAGUGGAUAAAACUUUGCAGUUUAAAUGAGAACAAAGAAAAAAUGAUGGCAAAGCGAAGGUGGUUUUUGGCGAUAGUCUUUACCACGAUACUGUUCCACGUGUUCUUGAUCACCAACAAGUGGUCCGGAGUUCAUUCAAACCAAGCAAGUGUAAGGAUGCGAGCGUAUUCGCCUAAAGCUACAUCGGUACUCGGAGCGGCUGACCUGGCUUAUUCACCAGCCGCUGACGGUACUAAUUCUAUAGACGCAAUCACGAAAGGUUAUCUAAAACAUAUCAAAGGCAAAUUCGAUUACAUGAAGUCUCCGUUUAUUGACCCAAAGCUUAAUAUUAAUACUUCUGAAGCAUUCAAUCUUCAUAAUAUUUUAUGGUGGAACCCACCGAGAUGGAUGAACGACUGGAUUGAAGAAACAGACGAACGCCGGUGUUCGUAUACAAACUGUAAGGUCACUACAGACAUAUCAACCCUUAAUGGAAGUAGUGCGGUGGUAUUUUCCGUUGCCGACUCAGGUAUGGGGAGUCGACCCCCUCUGACCUCAAAUGAGAGAAAUCCAAACCAAGCUUGGAUAUUCUACACAUUGGAGUCUCCCUAUAAUAUUUUGUGGCAACAAGACCAUAAACGCCCCGAAUGGUUGAACGUGUUCAACUGGUCUUGGACGUACAAACCGGAUUCAGACAUAUUCCAUCCAUACGGUAUUUUGCAGACAAGAGAUAUGCCAUUACAGAGAAACUAUAGCGAAAUUUUCCGAAAGAAGACGAAACUAGCCGCUUGGGCGGUAAGUAACUGUGAUACCGUAAGUAAAAGGGAUAAAUAUGUUGAGAUGGUAAAUAACUUUUCAAGUGACGGGAAUGCGUCUAUCGUUGACAUAUUCGGGACAUGUAAAGGAGCAUUGUAUAAACCAAGUGAAGACCAGUUUGAAAAAAUUCUUGAUGAAAAUUAUAAAUUCUAUCUCGGGUUUGAGAAUUCAUUUUGCCCGGGUUACAUUACAGAAAAGUUCUUUAUGUACUAUAAACGAGACGUUAUAACAAUCGUCCGCGGCAUGGGCGAGUAUGAAAAAUACUUUCCAAAAGGGUCUUUUCUCAACACAAAAGACUUCCCGAGUCCGGGAGAAUUAGCAAAAUUUAUAGUAAAUCUCGCAGCGGAUGAAGAAAGGUACAUUGAAUACCUUAAGAUGAAAGACAGAUUUUCUGUAGAAGAACGACGAUUUAUGUACCAAGACGCGGUAUGUAGUAUAUGUCAUAAACUUAACAACAUUGAAGAAUACAGAAAGACAAUAGUUGAUUUAAAUGAAUUUCUAGGAACAUGUGUUCAACCAAAGGACGUAUAGAAUAGUUAUCAUUAUUAUUUAGGCAUCAUAAAAGAAAAACUUUCAAAAUUAUGAAUUUUGAUGCGCAAACGCCUAGCAUGAUGUGUAGCAUGAAACAUGCAUUAAUUGUUAUGCCAUUUCAAAAUAGUUUUAUUUCGGACAGAAACAUGUUUGUCUUACUAUUAUAUUUAUUCCUGACAUAUUUAAGGUGGGACUUCGUGGGUUAAACAUGUAAAAUAAAGAGACACGAACAGAAAUAUAUAAGGUAAAAAUAAGCAAUACUGUACAUUAUUAAGGAUUUUAUUGAUCAAUGUCUAACAACCUCCUCAUCUGAUUCUUAUAUUAACGUAAAGCAAAUAUAACGGUUUCGUCAUCACAGGUGCCGGACCAAAUAUUAUCUCUUCUGUAUUGAGUGAUAUGCUGCAUGGCUUAACAAAAUAACUGUCAAUUCCUGGCUUCGAUGUCACGAAAUUACUUAAGUCAUUUCCAAUUCUCAAUUUUAUCUCAUUGCACCAAAUGGUAUGAUUCAACGUUAGAAAUGUUUCAUUAUAUUCCUUAGCUUUAUCUUUAUGUACAUUAUUGUUUCUGCUUAAUCAGUUCACAUGCUUGCUUCUGGCUAAUCGGGAUUGUAAAAGUUUAUGACCUGGUAUUAUGAAUAUAAAUACAAUGUGUCAAAAUGGUUUUGUCAUAUCACAAUAUAGUUUAUUUACUAUAGAAAAUGUGUUCUAUUUCACUAAGUUCACAAAGGUGUUCGUUAGUUAAGAUAAGCAAUAAUUUGCAGUUUAUUGAUUUCACUCGCUAGCGGCUCAAGAGUCCACAGGUCUGCAAAACUCCACUAGAGUAGGCUAUAACAUCCAGGAUCGAAUACAAUACACUAUUGAUACCCUACUAUACACGUUCAGAAGCGCAUGUGCUUGUUUCCGUGUCAUUCACAAUGGUCAACAUGACAUUUCGGAGAUUGGUUCCUGCUCAUUGAGAUAGAAAAAACUGCAAAUUGAUUCAUGUUAAGAUUAGUUACGAUUGCAUAUCAGAUAACAAUAAGCAAUAUUGCACAUAAAUGAGGAUUUUAUUGGUCAACAGGGAACUGAUUUUUAUAUUAACGGAAGGAGUAUUAUGGUUUCGUCAUCACAGAUGUAUGACGGAUAUAACUUGUUUCCAUCUUUUUUAGACUUUAGUGACGUACCUUUGCUUAGCUUAAAAACACUAUAAGUUCCUUACCACGACCGCAUUUAUGUCAUCUAUCAUUCUCAUCAUCGACUUAUUGUUCCAUGAUGAUUCAAAAUUAUAAAUAUUUUACUCUACCAAGUACCCUUAUGCCUUACAUUCGUUCAUACUUUGUAUUCUCGUUUGUCGGUUGAUUAACCUUGCUUCCUGCAGUUCGCAAUACAGUAAAUAAGAGCCCAAUUUUGUUUUUGUCUAAUUACAAUGCAUUAUGACCCUCAGUGGUGUGUACUAUCUCUUAAAAGGUGUACCUUUUUAUCUAUAAAUGCUCCAGCGAGUGUUUGUUUGUCUUUGCAUGCUUCUUGUUUGUGUUUUUUUAUGUUCUAUGUCUUUGGCGUUUACCCAGUGCCAUUAAACCGGGUUUAUAUUUAAACCUUUUGCUACUGAGCUUGUCUCUGUAGUUUUUCGCAUAUAUAUUUGUAUUGAUAUUGUUUUGCAAUUGUUCAAUAUGGACUUUCAUCGUAACGAAAUGUAUAACUGUUGUGUUUGUAAGCUUUUAUCCGUAUGUUUUGUGAUCACCACGUCGGACAUGUGGGUUUUCUGGGGGUAAUCCGGUUUCUUCCACAAAAUAAGAACACAGUUUCGGGCACCAUCGUGUCAACGAGACUGACUUUGCAUAAAUUUCUUCACAGCCGUACAAGUCAUUGAGAAUCUAUAAGAGAAAAAUACCAGCACUUUCUUUUAUAAAAUAUGCAAUAAACAGUAUUUCCUUAAA